AUGUUGUUGAAAAAUAUCUUGAGUGUUCUUGCUUUCGCUUUAUUAAUUGAUGCUGCUCCAGUUAAAAGAUCUCCAGGGUUUGUUACCUUAGACUUUAAUGUCAAAAGAUCCCUUGUUGAUCCAGAUGAUCCAACUGUCGAAUCUAAAAGAUCACCUUUAUUUUUAGAUCUUGAUCCCACAAAAAUUCCCGUCGAUGAUACUGGUAGAAAUGAUGGUGUGGACAAAAGAGGACCUGUUGCAGUUAAAUUGGACAAUGAAAUUAUUACUUAUUCUGCUGAUAUUACUGUUGGUUCCAAUAACCAAAAGCUUAGCGUUAUUGUUGACACUGGGUCUUCUGAUUUGUGGAUUCCAGACUCAAAAGCCAUUUGUAUUCCAAAAUGGCGUGGUGACAGAGGUGACUUCUGUAAGAAUAACGGUUCUUAUUCUCCAGCUGCUUCUAGCACUUCCAAAAAUUUGAAUACCCGUUUUGAAAUUAAAUAUGCUGAUGGUUCUUACGCAAAAGGUAACUUGUAUCAAGAUACCGUUGGUAUUGGUGGUGCUUCUGUUAAAAAUCAAUUAUUUGCUAACGUUUGGUCUACUAGUGCUCAUAAAGGUAUUUUAGGUAUUGGUUUCCAAGCCAACGAAGCUACCAGAACUCCUUACGACAAUCUUCCUAUUAGUUUGAAAAAACAAGGCAUUAUUGCUAAAAAUGCUUAUUCCCUCUUCCUUAACUCUCCUGAAGCUUCUUCUGGGCAAAUUAUUUUUGGUGGUAUUGACAAGGCCAAGUACAGUGGCUCUUUAGUUGAAUUACCAAUUACUUCUGACAGAACAUUAAGUGUCGGUUUAAGAUCUGUCAAUGUUAUGGGACGAAAUGUUAAUGUCAACGCUGGUGUCCUCUUAGAUUCUGGUACUACUAUCAGUUAUUUCACUCCAAGUAUUGCUCGUAGCAUUAUCUAUGCCUUAGGUGGUCAAGUGCAUUUUGAUUCUGCUGGUAAUAAAGCUUAUGUUGCUGAUUGUAAAACUUCAGGUACCGUUGAUUUCCAAUUCGAUAAAAACCUCAAGAUCUCCGUUCCUGCUUCGGAAUUCCUUUACCAAUUGUAUUACACUAAUGGUAAACCUUAUCCAAAAUGUGAAAUUCGUGUUCGUGAAAGUGAAGAUAAUAUUCUUGGUGACAACUUCAUGAGAUCAGCUUACAUUGUUUACGAUUUGGACGAUAAGAAAAUCUCCAUGGCUCAAGUUAAAUACACUUCCGAGUCUAACAUUGUUGCUAUUAAUUAG